CUGUGGGCGGGGCCUACCAGUGUGUUUAAAGUCGUGCCUAACGCGCCGUGCUGGUGCCAUUACGCACGCGGAGUCUCCAAGAGCGCAGCAGGAAAGACUGGAAUAUUCAAGAAGAAACGCGUAGAUUCUGUUUCUCCGAAGGACAAAAAGAAAACGACUUUUCUGCUGCUGGUUUAUGAUGACAGAUCUGUGGAGGUGUUUGACUCCCUAUGAAAACAGAUGAUUCUUUGGACUGAACCCAGAUGUGAUUCUGGUUUAGUCGUAGAGUCGCUCAGGAACAUCGGACCUCCGUCAUAAUGUCAGCUGACCUCUGACCCUUCAGCAUGGACGUCCGUCUCCACGGCAACUCUCAGCUCCAGUAUGGAGUCAAUGGAAGACGAAGCUCCAGACCAGGAGAGGAUGAAUCUCUGCAGUCUCUGAGUCAGGAGGAGCAGGAAUGUCUGCAGUUCUUCGAACAAACCAUCGACUCUCUGGAGGAGAGUCUGGAAGAAGAUGACCGGCGGCAGGCGAGACCUCCAGAGAUCCAUGAGGUCGACAGACCCGUCGCCUCAAGUCCAAGAGUCGGAUUCACCAUGUCCCCGAACCUCAACAGACCACCGAGUCCCAAAGAGCAGGACAUUAUCGACCUGGUCCGACCAGAACCAGACCUGAUGCAGACCAGAGAGCCUGUCUCCAGCCCCACCAAUCCAGAUUUUCACAGCAUGAUGCUGAAUCCUGAGAGCCACUUUGAGAUAAAACCAAGACGAGAUCCGUCCGACAGUUUGCCUUCAGAGUACAACCCUCCUCUGCCGAGCGGCAGCUUUGGGUCCACAGACUCCUCGUACCAUCCUCCAGGCUGCAUCCCCACCCCGGUUCUGAUCGCCCAGAAGAUAGCCGAGAACCAGGCAGGUGGAAAUUCUUCCAACUUACUUCCCUCAACGCGUCUCCGCCGUCUCAGUCUGGAGUCUGAAAAACCAGCCGACUACAGCACAGAUCCUCCAGCGAAACAGGGACCUCCUACGUCCACGAAGCCGGCACGAUUCCCUUCCAAUAUCAGCGUGAUCCUCAGCAACAAAGAGCACCAGAACCAGUCGCUGGCUAACGUGAACAUCCACGAGAGACGAGCCCAGAUGCUGGCAAACCUGUCGGGUACAUCCCACCCUCUGCUGCAGGAAAACUCCCAGCCGGCUGAGGAGCAGAAGCCUCGAAACACUCCGACUCGCAGCAUUUCCUUCAGGGACCCGACACCAGGCAAGUCCAGGAUGGAGGCGCUGUCGAAGCUGGGUCUGACCAGGAACCGAGCCAUGUCCGGCGGGAUGUCGCUGCUUGUCUCCCCUGACAGCACCUCAUUGGAUUCCCUCAACGCUGCAGAGUCCAAACCUACAGAACCGACUGCUUCUCCAACAACCAGGACGCAAGAAGUCAAGACGACAGAAGUCAGGACUCCAGAAGUCAAGACUCCAGAAGUAGUGGCGCCACCUCCAAGCCAGAUUCACGUCGACAGAAAACCAGAGAUUCUGCGGACGGAUUCCUUCAAGAGCCACGAAGAAAGAAGAAACCUCCAACCAAGUCCUUCGCCUCUUGCUGUCACACAAACUAGCUACUUCCCACCUCCUUUGGACCGUAAGCUGUCCAUCUCCCCUCCGCCUGAAGUCACCACACCGGAAUUCAACAGCUACGGAGGUAAAUCCAUCGUGGUGAAUCCUUCGUUUUCCAGGAAUGAACCUCCUGCGACGUCUCCAACCAGCCCUGAACCCAGAACCCUCCCACCAGCGCUGUCCAACCCCACCGAGUUCAACUCCUACGGAGGAAAGUCCAAAGUCUUGACUCCAGCUCCGGCAGCCGUGACCAAGAGCGACCUUCCUGACAUCCUCAGCUCCCACAUCGACACGACCCAAAGCCUUCCUGCGAAACCGGAGCCCAUCGAGCUCAACAGCUAUGGAGGAAAGAGUCGAGCCAUCAACCCGACCACCGGACCGACCCGACCUCCAGAGACCCCGGUGAAGACCUACAAACCUCCAGCUCCGACUCCGGCUCCACGGCCUCCUCGGCUCUCCUACCACGGAGCUCUGAGUUCCCAAAAAGCAGCGUCUCGAGCUCUUUCUCCAGACCACAAACGGAGAUCCAACUCCAUGUUCCGUCCUCAAGGCAUCACUGUGCAGUUUUCUGGUCGAGGGGCGACGAACGAAUCGCGAAGGGAGGCGUUGAGGAAACUGGGGCUGCUCAAAGACUCCUGAUGAACUUGUUGAAUCUCUGGCAUUUACCUGCUGGUGAAGGUGGGGUUGGAGAAAGACCCAAUUUUUUGGCAUUGUACGAGUCAGUUCUCAGUUUCUGGCCUUAAAAACAAACAAACAGUGCAGCUGUAGCACACUGGACACUGUUUCUAUGCUGAGUUUCCACGUAUACCUCUGCCCAAGACAGUCUGGAUGCUACAGAACAGCAUCUUCGUCCUCCAAACUUCAUCUCAGUGAACUGUGAAGAGUCAAUUUUUUAAAGCUGAGAUUUGCUUCUUGAAAACCUUUUAGGACAGAAAAGACCAGAUGUUCUACAUGCAUGUCUCUCAAUAUUUUGUGAUUUCUCAAGGUGUCUCUCUAAAAAAAAAAAACACCUCACAAAUAUGUAGUUUAAUUUGUUGAAAAAGGCUCGGGGGUUUCCUUCAAAGCAGCUUUUACAAAUAUGACUCAAAUAUGAGGAAAACAUGAACUUUCUGGGGACUAUUUUCAGCAGUGGAUGAAUACAUAACUGAAACUCUGGAGUUUUACCAAGUUUAGGGAUAGUUUAAAAUGAUGCUCUUUGCAAAAGUCAGAUUACAAGUUCUCUUGAUGUUUAAUCGUAAAUUAUAUGAAAUUUUACAACAGAAGUCAACCUGGAUCAUCAACCCAACACUGCUCACUCUGCAGGACCCGGAUUUAUGUGGCAGCUAAAUUGGGGUAAUUUUAUUAAUUGUAUAUUUGCCUAAUUAAAUACAUAAUUUAAAGAUUUUAUUGCGUGUUUUAACCUUCUGAACCCCAAACCCCAGUGACUUUUAAACACAACAGAGGGUUUUAGGUGUUCAGCGGGUUAAUAUCAUCACUAUUUAUCCAUUGCUAUUAUCCAUGAGUAUGUGCUUAAUCAAACUGCCACAAAUUAUCU